AUGUCUUCCCUCCAGUACAAUAAUCCUCCUGGUGCUGCAGAGAAGCACAGCGAACUCGGACACUACUCACAAUCGGUUGACCUCGGAAAUGGCAUAGUCAAGUGCUCAGGGCAAGGAGGUUGGGAUCCCCAGUCUGGUGCACUUGACGCGACCGACAGCGACAAACAGAUUCGUCUGGCAAUGGAAAACGUCGAUCUUGUUCUUAAAGCGGCAGGCUUACGCGGGUGGGAAGAUGUGUACUUAUUACGGUCGUAUCACUGUGAUGUUAGAACUUCGUGGGAACCAGCUGCAGAGGCGUUAAAGAAGCGCAUUCCGGGCCACCGACCAGUUUGGACAGCAGUCGCCGUUCCACAAUUGGCCUUCCCUGGCAUGCUAAUCGAACUAGAGGUCGAGGCUAAGCGUCAGAAUGAAUGA